CCCUACUGGUUGGAGGUCCAUCCUGCGCCCUCCUGCCGGCCGCGGCCUGAAGAAGCGGUUAUACCCCCCAGCCCGGGCGCUGCUUGCUCGCCAGCUCCGACAUGGCGAUGCACAACAAGGCGCAGACCCCACAAAUUCCGGACACCCGGCGGGAGUUGGCUGAGCUGGUCAAGAGGAAGCAGGAGCUGGCGGAGACUUUGGCAAACCUGGAACGUCAGAUCUAUGCUUUUGAAGGAAGCUAUUUGGAAGAUACACAAAUGUAUGGGAAUAUCAUUCGUGGAUGGGAUCGUUACUUGACCAAUCAGAAAAACACUAACAGUAAGAAUGAUCGAAGGAAUAGGAAGUUUAAAGAAGCAGAACGUCUCUUUAGCAAGUCAUCCGUUACUUCAGUAGCAGCAGUUAGUGCUUUAACUGGUGUUCAAGACCAAAUGGUGGAAAAGCGUGAACCGGGUAGUGGGACAGAAAGUGAUAAUUCUCCAGACUUCCAGAAUCAGGAAAAUGAACCUAACCAGGAGGACACUGAGGAACUGGAUGGAUCACAUCUGCAAGGAGUGAAGCCUCAGAAAGCAGCCUCUUCCACAUCAUCUAGCAGUCACCAUGGGAGUCACAAGAAAAGGAAAAACAAAAACCGACACAGCCCAUCUGGCAUGUUUGAUUAUGACUUUGAGAUUGAUAUCAAGUUGAAUAAAAAACCAAGAACUGAUUAUUAAAGAAUCUUUCAACAGUUGCAGUUGUCAUGAUCCGGGUUUGAAGAACAUGGACAUACAGGAGCAUUGAGAGCAUUUUGCUCCAGAAGUUCGCAGUAAUUAUUUUUUACAAGAAUCAAUACUACAACGAAGCAGCUGUGCCUGCUCAUGGUGUUUGAGGCCACCUUGCAUCUUUACAUGUUGCAUUUGAUCUGUGUUUAACUGAAUGUUGCUAUGUGGUUACAGUCCAAUAGUUAUUUGUAUAAGUACAGCACGCGCUGGGUUUUAUAGUCGGUCUAAACUGUCCUGGGGAUUUGGGGGGUGGGGGGGGGGUGGGGUGGUAUUAACUGACCACUUUUAAGUCUGUUGUGACUCACUGACCAUUUGAUCUUAUCAGUGACAUUUCAUGAGAUUAUAUUCUUCAUGAAAUGUGAAGGGUUUUUGAUUUAGUAUAAUUCACUUUUAAAUCUCUUGUCGGAAGUUCCUAAAAUGGGAGUGAUGCCAUCACUAUUUCAGUUUUUGAGUACGAAUGGCAGGUUAUUUUUUUUCUUUUUAACUUGUCUUGAACUUCAUUCAAAGUUUUUUUUUCUGUGCUGGAUUUUGUCUUAACUGAUUUGAUAUGCAGGCAGAAUGCACCUGUUUGGUAUCAAACCUUGUGCACCUCUGAGAGAAAGUGACAGAGAGAAAAUGACAAAAGGCUUUAAUUUCCAGAUUUUUCUAAAUAGACUCAAUGGAGUUAGAUUUAAUAGCAACAUGUGGUUUUAUUUUUUUGAACCUGUUAUAUUUUGUCGUGCUUUCAAUAUUGUAUGUAUAAAUACUACCUUUUAAUUUGUACAAUUAUGACUUUUUUUUGGACAAAUGGCUUUACUAUUUUUUUUAAGAGGAAAUAUGGAUUUGUGACCAUUUUGUAUUAAAAGAGUCAAAUAUAAUUAGCUGUUUGUUGAAUUAUUGCACGCAACUUGUAAACAAAAAUACGAACAGGGUCAAGAAUGAGGCACAUAUGACAUUUUUGACGAUGUGAAAUUUAAUACUAAAGCAAUCUAUAAAAUACUAAAUCACUACAUAUUUAAAAAGUUCAAUAUGUUUAACCUUGUGCGCUCUCUAGAACUUGUCAGCCUUUGCACAAUGUCUCCAUCCUCACUUCUUGAAUUUUGAGGUCACACAUUUCCUUCAAAUUUAAGAAUAUGACUUGAGCAGUGCUUUAGUGAGUGCUAAAGACCUCUGGGCUUUUGGUUGAAAAUUUAAACCAAGAUUUUAUCUGUCUACUUGCAUAAGUCAAAACAGCUUAUGAUCAUUUGUCUCAUUUCUGUUUGUAGAUCCUUGUCAUCACAUUGUCUACUGGGUUUGCACAUAUAAAUAAUAAUUGCAUUCUGAAGUAAUUCUUUGACUGUCAAGUGUUUAGUAGCAUGCAGUAAAAUCAAGUUGGUUAAACAUUUUAAGAUACAAGGUAUAGAUUUUUUUUUUCCCAUUCAACAUC